AUGGUCCGAAUCGCUCUUCCCACUCUCGCUGUCACCCUCCUUGUCAUUCCGGCGCUCGCCCAGCUCUCUGAUGUCUCCGAGCGGGAUGUCCUUGAGAACGACCUGUACAGCCGUAUUUUCGAUGACGGAGAUGAUAUUGUUGUCACGAGAGAGGACCUCGAUGCUCUCUUCGGCCGUGAAUUCGUCGACGACAUGGAGGCGCGAGACCCCUUCCUGGGUCUCCUCUUCAAAGGAAUCAAGGCUGCGGUGAAGAUUGGAAAGGGAAUACAUAAGGCACAUUCGGCGAAGGAGCACCACAAAAACCACCGCAAGCGGGAGUUGGAGAUCGACGACGUGUCAACCCGCGAGCUCGUCGGCGAUGACCUCGAAGAGCGCGAACCGUUCCUUGGCCUCCUGUUCAAAGGCAUCAAGGCGGCCGUGAAGAUCGGCAAAGGAGCACACAAAGCGCACCAGGCAAAGGAGAACCACAAGAACAGGCACAAACGUGAGCUCGACUUCAUCGAUGAUGAUGUCUUCGAACGCGGCUUCGAUGACGAGGAUUUCUUCGAGCGGGAGUUUGGCGACAUGGAGGAGCGGGACUAUUAUGAUGAGCUUGAUUAA